AAUAAGCAGUGGAGGCGCUCGCGUCAGUACCGUGAACGCUUCGAAACAAAAUCGUGUUCGGUCGAAAGUUUCUUCAAUUGUGAUUAAAAUGAUCGAGGAACACGACGAGCGCGAGACAAUAUGCGACUCGGUGAAUUCACUAGUGGAAGGCUGCCGUUUACCAGUAAGAAUGCACGGAACCGAUGAUUGGCCUCUUGCUGAAAUCAUCAGUGUUAAAGAAGUACAUGGUGUCAAGUGUUAUUAUGUUCACUAUGUAGAUUUUAAUAAACGAUUAGAUGAAUGGGUUACGGAAGAUUGUUUGGACACUAGGAAAGUCCAAUAUCCUCGGCGGGAUGGUACCACACCAGGUACUGGUGCAGCAACCCCCAAAAAACAAGCACUCAGCAGACCACCUAGUCCUAGUAGCCUUAGCAAUGAACCAGUCAAUGGUUCGGCUGUUUUACAGGCUGCGUUACAGAAGAAAAUGUCUAGAAAGAGAAAGGCAACAUUUAUAGAAAACGAAGAUUCUCAGGAUGCCCCGCCACAGACACCCGGUCCAAGGCCGACCGGUUCGUUGGUUGCUCAUCAUCACGAUGAUAUCGUUACUCGGAUGAAAAAUAUCGAACUCAUCGAAUUAGGCCGUCAUAGGAUAAGACCCUGGUAUUUCAGCCCUUAUCCACAAGAGAUGGUGAACAUAUCGUGUAUAUACAUUUGCGAGUUCUGUCUGAAAUAUAGAAAAAGUCGAAAAUGUUUAGAAAGGCAUUUAGCAAAGUGUAACUUGAGGCAUCCUCCUGGCAACGAAAUAUAUAGGAAAGGCUCGAUAUCGUUCUUCGAAAUCGACGGUCGAAAGAAUAAGAAUUACGCACAAAAUCUUUGCCUACUGGCAAAAUUAUUUUUAGAUCAUAAAACGCUUUACUACGACACGGAUCCAUUCUUGUUCUACGUAAUGACAGAUUUCGAUUGUAGAGGAUUCCACAUUGUUGGUUACUUCUCGAAAGAGAAAGAGUCGACCGAGGAUCAUAACGUAGCCUGUAUCCUAACACUGCCGCCCUAUCAAAGACGGGGUUAUGGGAAAUUAUUGAUAGAAUUCUCGUACGAACUAUCCAAGUUCGAGGGCAAAACAGGAUCACCUGAAAAACCGUUGUCCGACUUGGGAUUGCUCUCUUACAGAAGUUAUUGGGCACAUACCAUACUGGACAUACUGUUGAACAUAAAGCCAUUAGUAGAAAAUGAGAAGCCUCAGAUCACGAUAAGUGAGAUUUGCGAGCUGACGUCGAUUAAAAAAGAAGACGUGAUAUCGACGUUACAGAACUUGAAUCUCAUUAAUUACUACAAAGGACAAUAUAUUGUGACAUUGAAUAGGGAGAUUAUCGAGCAACACUCGGCCGCAAUGGAAAAGAGGCAAAUCAGAAUAGAUCCUAAGUGUCUUCAUUGGACACCAAAAGACUGGAGUGUUAGGGCAAAGUGGUGAAGUGACGUUCAAAUGUUGACAAUAAGACCACCCUAACAUUGUCUCGAAGUUGUUUUCAGGAUCCCCUAGAUGAGUGACUAAUCGUUCGAUUUAGCGACUGUACAAAAUGACUUGUACAUAAUACACAUUGACCGUAUCGGGUCUGUGUUUCUUUUAAUAAGACUGUGUGUGGAGCAACCGAGGUUAGCGAUGUUUCAUACGACGAUAAUAAGAAAUCUAUCUGUUAACUGGCUUUCCGUCUAGAGUCAGAAGCAAUGUUUUAAUAUGGUGACAGAAUUUUUUAACCGUUUCGCAUACAUCUUUGCGAAUCAGCUAUUUGUACAGAAAUAUAAAUCGGUCUUGUAGAGUUGUAAAUAAAUCUGAUUUUAUAACGUGCGUCUCAUUUCCUGAAAAAAUGAAAAAAUGUGAAACGCAAUCGAUAAUUUUGAAGUAAUACGUAAUUAUAUAUAAUUCCCCGAGGUUUCGAGUAAGAUCGUAAGAAGAAAGGUUCGUGCGUGCCCCUUUUUUAAUUCCGACACUUCCGAAAGCAAUUACCAUAUACAACAGAAGUUGUAUGCGCACAACUGUGCACACAUCACUCAACCACGUAUUAGUCGAUACUCGAACUUGCCUGAUUGUAAAUUGAGAAAUAAAGUAAAAAAAUAAAAAAGAAUUAUAUUUAAAACAAUCGGAUUCCAUUUGUUACUUAAAUGAAAUAUGAAUACUUUUUCCGGCAAUAUGUUAUCACCGGCUGUGUUUAAUUAAGUGUGAGAAAAAGUCUCGGUUAUAAAUCAUCCGUCUUGAUCCGAUUGUUCAACCAUAACGGAAAGUUACCUAUAAAGUGCGAAAUAAAAAGUAUUUUUCUCUGGAAA